UCAUGACGUAUUAAUGUGACUCAUGCAUAAUGUAGGCUAUGGUGUUAGCACUGAUGUUGAGACCUACCACACUGCAAGAAUAAUGAUGGUCUCUAUGAUCCCAUUUCUCAUUCUUCAACUGGCGAAAAUUCUCAAUUCAACUUCAGGGGCAAGAAUCGUAGUCUUAGUUUCACUCAUUGUUACUCUUGUUUUGCUCUUAGUGUACUGUACCUAUCAGGUAUUCCAGCCAUGGAUUCAGAAUAGAAGAUAUGCAUAUCUGACAUGCACGUAUGUUCAGAUAAACCUACUACCAAGUCUUCUCACUGCUGGAGGCAGACCUAAUUUAACAGCUAUAAGAGAGCUUUUUCAGAAAAUUGACAAGAAUAGAGAUAACUAUAUUUCCGUCAAGGAACUGAGAGCAUUAAUCUUGGGAAUACAAAUAGAAGUAGGCCGUUCGAAUGAGGACGAAUUUGAAGCAAAGGUGAUGCAGGAGUUGGACGUCUCUAGUGAUGAUCGUAUCAAUGAGACUGAAUUCGUCAAAGGAAUCUCAAAAUGGCUUGUUCUGUCUCGUCACCCUGCUGACGAACAAGACCAUGACAGGCCCAGGUUUUUUAACACAAGUUCGAAGCAAUCGAGAUCAGAGCAGCAGAGCCUAUUGACCCAGAAAAAGGAGAUCAGUACGACAACUCAAAAGACUUGGUUUAAUUACGUUAAGGCAGCUCUUCUAUUGCUUGUAGGAACUGCUAUCUCGGUUCUGCUUGGACAGCCACUUAUGCAAACUCUCCAGGAGUUCUCUAGUAAUGUGAACAUCCCCUCAUUCAUGGUGACAUAUGUUGUGGUGCCACUGGCUUUGAACAUCAGACAGGCACUCGCAACAAUUACCUCUGCCAGAGAGAAGACGGAGAAAGCUAUAUCCUUAACCUUUUCUGAGAUUUACAAUGGAGUAUUCAUGAACAACAUGAUGGGAUUGGUCAUCUUCCUGGCUCUUGUUUACAUACGAGAUUUGUCGUGGGAUGUCUCAGCUGAAAUUCUGGUUGUUCUACUCAUAUGCACAGCGAUGGGUCUCUUUACCAGCUUCCGCACCAAAUUUCCAUUUUGGACAAGUAUUCUAGCAUUUCUUCUCUACCCCUUGUCUCUGUUGAUUAUUUAUGUUCUUACUGAGGUUGUUGGUUGGUCCUAAGCCACUGCUUGCUCUACUGCGCGCUUCAGAAAACUUAAACAUGUAUUCGUUAUGUAUUCGUUUAGUUAUAUAUGUACAUCCGCUACAAUGCUUGCAAUUA